AUGGCCGCCGAAGCUCAAGUCGCUCUUCAAAUGAACCGCAUCGACACGAUGCGCAAUAUGUCUGCUCGCUUAACUGACGCUGUACUAGCUAACCAAGGUGCCGCCGCUAUUGAUGCUGAACUCGCUAUCCUCAAUGAUUUGUGGAAUCGCUUCAACACAACUCGUGAGAGAUUAUUCGACGAUGUACCUGAGAUCGUUGAAAAUGAAUACCACACAGGUAAUGCAUACGGUACAGCUAAUCUCAUAUACACAGAGCUCAGAGUGAGACUCAGCGCCGCUAGACCUGCUCCAGAACCUGCUCAUGAAACCCAGCCCGCUAAUCAUGAUCAGACCGCUUACUUUGGAGGCGCGCAUAAAUCCAACUUGCCGCAAAUUAAACUACCAACCUUCCAGGGUUCUUAUGACGAGUGGGACUCGUUCAAGGACCUGUUUACUUCGCUCAUUAUUAAUGAAGAUUCGCUAACCGGGUCACAAAAAAUGCAUUACCUGAAGACGCAGGUAAAAGGUGAGGCCGCUGCACUACUCGCUAAUCUCCAGAUCACAGAUGACGCUUUCCAACCCGCUUGGGAGUUGCUGAAUACUCGCUACACAAAUCCACGUCGAUUGCUCGAUAUGCAUAUCGAUGAUUUGCUGGAUCGCCAACCGCUAACUUCACACUCUGCUGCUGAUUUGGACGCACUGUUACUCGCUAACAAAAAAUCGCUGGACGCUAUCGCUGCAUUGGGAAUUCCAAUUGGUGAGUUGGACCCCUUUUUAAUUCGUUUGACUGUUCGCUGCUUGCCUUCAGAUCUGAGGGUGGAAUGGAUGGCUUCGCUUGGGUUAUCCAAUGAGUUUCCCACUUACCAACAGCUGCACGAUAUGCUCAAGGCCAAGGUUCGUGCGUGGGAAAACUCAGAGAUUGGCGCUAAAAUAACCUCAACGCAAGUUAAGAGUACCAGUGAGAGACCACUAUCACCAAAGUCUUACGCUAAGUCAGCCGCUACAACCAAACAAGUUAAGUUUGGGAGCAGUAAAUCCGCUACUCCUGCUAGAUCAACGCCAUCUACAUCCACCGGUUCCGCUAGCUACGUCGCUUUCACUCCCAAGGAGCGUACGAGUGAACCGGGCAUGUGCCCAAUCUGCAGGGAGAAGCACUUCGUUCUAUUUUGCCCCAGCUACCAGAAGGCGUCGCCACUGAACCGAAGGACGAUUGUUCAGCAUUACCGCUUAUGCUUUAACUGUUUGGGACGCCAUCGCUACGCUGACUGCAGGACUAAGCAGAAGUGCCGCCAUUGUGAUCAGCCACAUCACACGUCGACUCAUCUUGACGAUGGUGCUGCCGCUAAACCAGCACAGGACGCUCCUGUAGCUGACCCAGCUCAUUCGCUCAAUGUUUUACUCGCUACCGCUAUUGUUAAGUUGAAUUCGCUAACAGGAAGUACAUGUACAGCCCGUGUACUUAUUGAUCAAGGAUCGGAGUUAUCCUUUGUGACGCAUUCGCUAAUCAAGAAGCUGGAUAUUCAACUCAGUAAAGCAGCUGUACCAUUACGUGGAAUUGGUAAUGUGUCAGCUGGGCAUUCGCUUGGGUCAUGCAAGAUGACGCUGCAUUCGCUACACAACAACGCUUCUAUUACCAUCCAAGCUCAUGUGCUUGCUCUAUUGACGGUAAACUUACCGUCAUUUACGCUAACUAAGAAGAAGAAAUGGCCGCAUAUAACUGGGCUACAACUCGCUGAUCCAGACUUCUUGACAUCAAGACCUAUUGACAUCAUUCUGGGUGCAGCACCAGCUGCACAUAUAAUCAACGCUAAAAUACGAAAAGGAAGUGAAAAUGACCCAAUCGCUCAGUCAACAUCACUUGGUUGGAUCAUAUAUGGAUCUGUGGACACCGCUACAUCAAAAUUGACCGCUCAUGGUCAUCAUGUCGCUGUUGAUGAUCAACUACAAGACUUGUUAACCAAGUUUUGGUACCAAGAAGAGCCACAGACAGAAUUCGCUACACGCUAUACUGAAGAAGAAGAAGAGUGUGAACAACACUUUGUCAAUACACACUACAGACAGUCUGAUGGUCGAUAUGUCGUUCGCUUGCCGCUUAAAUCUUCGCCAAGUCAACUGGGUGAUUCGCUCAGAGCUGCACAAUACGCUUUACUACGUCUUCGCAAACGACUGGAAGCUGAUCCAGUCUACAAGAAGUUGUACUUCGACUUCCUGAAGGAGUAUGAAGACUUGGGGCACAUGAAACGUCUGAAAUUAAAGGAAUUACCACCGAACAGCUACCUGUUGCCUCAUCAUGGGGUUCUGAAAGAGCAGAGCACUACCACCAAGCUCAGAGUGGUAUUCAAUGGGUCCUGGAAAACUACAUCUGGCGUAUCUGUCAACGAGAUACUUCAUGUUGGCCCAAAGAUCCAAGUUGACAUCAGUGAU